CAAUCCCCCACCCGUUUCCUCCAUAACUGCCCUACCUUUUCAUCCUGAUCUCCUCCUCGGGGAAAUGCACAUUCCGGCCAGUUAUCCUCCUCUCACCCAUUAGCCUUCGUCCACUGUCCCCUGAAAGUCCUGAGCUCAAAGCCAUCUUCUUCUGCUCUCGCUUACUCUACAAGUUAUUCCAUGCUUCUUCCAUGCCUGCGGGAAAGUACAGAUUUCUCGUUCCUGCCCAAGUCUCCGUGAAGUUUUCCUUCCCGCUUGGGUGAUGAGUUGCGAUUUCGGACGGGGGAAAUUUCGCUUGAUUCCUUGAUUUUGUUUAUGUAUUUUCUGCUGCUCACGGGAAUGGUAGAUGGUGACUGUAGUUUUCUUGUUUUAGUAGACGCCUCGAGUUUUCUGGAAAAGAAAAGAAUUUUGCCAACUCGAUUUACAGUAUGUGAAUUUGGGUUUCACUUGUAAUUGCGACGCACACUUUUUUUCCCCUGCAAAUUCAGAUUCAUUCUGAAAAUGGAGUAAAACUGCACAAAUUUUGCACUUCUCUCAGCCAUGCCUCCGACUAAGAUCCAACCCAUUGGUAUAGAUUCCCGAAAGCUCGGGGAAGCGGCGGUUAGAAACGAUUCGGCGAAGCCAGUGUUGAGGUCGCGGCUAAGAAGGCUCUUCGUCUUUGAUCGGCAGUCUCCGAGCGUGAUCAGGAAUUCCUCCCCGGAGAAACUCAACGUUCCCAGUGAACACCUGUCCAACAGAGAUGGAGUAUCGGAGUUCGAGCCGAGUUCGCUUUGCUUGGCGAAAAUGGUGCAGAAUUUCAUAGAGGAGACAAACGAGAAGCAACCACCGGCGGCUAAAUGCGGCCGUAAUCGCUGCAAUUGCUUCAACGGCAACAACAACGACAGCUCGGACGACGAGCUCGAUGUCUUUGGCGGUUUCAAUGAAUCAAUCACCUCUGCUUCGUUCAGCGAUGCCAGCGACGCGCUCAAGAGUCUGAUUCCUUGCGCAAGUGUUGCUGAGAGGAAUCUGUUAGCUGACGCUGCGAAGAUAGUUGAGAACAACAACAAAGUCUUCAGAACAAAAGAUGAUUUGAGAAAUAUCGUCGCAGAUGGGCUUUCAUCUCUGGGAUACGACUCUUCUGUCUGUAUAUCUAAGUGGGAUAAAACCUCAUCUUACCCAGCCGGGGAACAUGAAUUCAUUGAUGUGAUUUUAGAAGAAGAGAUAUUGUUAGUCGAUAUCGAUUUCCGAUCAGAAUUCGAAAUUGCACGAUCAACAGGGAGCUACAAGACUAUCCUUCAAUUGCUGCCGUACAUUUUCGUGGGGAAAUCGGAACGGCUUGAUCAGAUAGUGUCGAUCGUGUCGGAGGCGGCCAAGCAGAGUCUAAAGAAGAAAGGAAUGCACCUUCCGCCGUGGAGGAAGGCGGAGUAUAUGCGAGCCAAGUGGCUCUCUGCCUACACUCGGACAAAGCGAAACGGCCGCGUUUCGGAUUCUGAGAAUCUGGGGGUGAAGAAUGAUGACGUUGGGUGUUCCGCGACAGAGAGCGACCACGGUGAGUUAGAGCUGAUUUUCGGGAACAAAGCAAUACCGGCGAACAGGCCGGAGGCUGAUUCUGGUGAAGAGAAGACAGAGGCAGUGGCACCGGCGCCGACGUGGAAACCACCGGCGAUAAAACCGAAGAGCGUGGAUAAGGGUGGAAAGGUUGUCACCGGAUUAGCCGCUCUUCUCAAGGAGAAACUGUAGGAAAAAUUUUGACAGUCAUUCUCUUUUUCUAUUUAAUCCUUUAUUUUUGAAAAAAAAAUUGAGAGGGAAUUUGAGGUGAAUU